CUCAAUUUUAAUCUCAACCUUGACGAAAUCCUGAUGCUUGAGAUUCUACCAUUGUCACUCCUUUCUUUGUUAGAGUUGUCUGUUUAAACCUCUCCUUUCAACAGUUCGAUCUUCGCUCUUUGCGUGCACUCCUUCUGCCCUUUUGCGAUCCAGUCCAUUCGCAAGUCAUGCCAGAUAAUGGUCAAUGAGGUUUCUACAUCGUUCCCCGACCGGUCGGAACCCCGUUCGUCGAUUCGCGCCGUGCCCUUUGAAAAUACCAUUCCUGUUGGCGCCCCUCUUGCAAUUCGGUCGGUCUCGUUACCCACGUCAGAUGCGCCACUAGCUCCCAAUGGCCGAUCGUUCAGCACGAGCGCUACCUCGACUCGUCCUGGUGACAAUUCGCCCUCUGCAUACGCGUCACUGCACGAUAUCAAGCAAGACUCGCGCCUUGCACCGUCAACGCCAACCGGAGAUGGAAGCCGAACGAUACGAUCGGAAGGGCCCCCCUCGUUGCGCAGUGUGCCCAGCAUUGUUGUAGAUGAACCAGGCCUCCGUCCCAGCUCGCGGCCAGGUUCACGGCCGGGCUCGCGUCCAGGCUCUCGGUGGUCAGAGCGCAAAUGGGGUGGUUUGAGGAAACGUUCGGCGGAGAUGGACAGAAAGUUUUGCUCGGAAUCGCCUCCGCCAGUACCUCAAAUCGAACGCCCUUUUUCAGGUAUUCCCCUCGAGAUACCGACGGCAUCUUUGGAGGGGCUGGAUAAGCCGAUGAAGUUUUCUACUCGUGGAAGCUUGAUCAAGAGCAAUGCAAAUCGCCCCCACCCAAAACCUUCCAGGGAGAAGCUGGAGGCACACCCUGAACAAGUGCUGGAAUCCACCACACCUCAGAAGGUAAACGAACAACUUGAGCCACGGCCUGAGCAGCAGCCAGAACAGUCCCCGGAACCCCCAACUCCUGAGUUGACGCCUUCCCCUUCCAUUACCACCUGCCGAACCGAAGGUGAGAAUGGAACACCGAAGGCGGUCCCGCGACGCGCUCAACCUCAAGGCACUCUUCGCCCGAGACAGCUGAGUCUUCCAAGCAGAGUCAUUUCGGCAGACGAAGACAUGCUGUCACGGCGAGUUCGGCUCAUGUAUGAAAAGGGCGAGGAUAACGUCACUGACUCUGAAGUUGCGAAAGCAAUGGCUUCCGAGAAUGGUAUUUUGUGGGAGGAGGGUGCGGCUACAGACUCCGAAGCCCCUGGCGCUCAACGAACUGAAACUGAAACAAAACCACGGGCAUCGGCUGAAGUCGAGCGCAAGCGUAUUAAGAGAGAGACCCAGGAGCUAGCAGGAGGUGCCGAGUAUUGGCAGAAUGUCAAUGCCGGGGAAGUCGAUCGUUAUGGCUUUAUUCGCCCUCCGACAACCGCCAACGGCUCUGAGAUCAACCCGCUACAGCGAGUCACUACAAGUCUUCUUCUAGCUUCCGAGACACCGCGUCGGAAACGUUCUAUUCGUCCACCAACUGCUUCGGCUAGCAAUCGUUCCUUCAACGGUCGUUCUCCAACACGCCAGAGCUCCAUGGCCAACCGGCCGUCAUCGUCGCAAAGUAACUUUAGUGCGCCGUUGCGCCGCUCAACAUCUCGUUUGCGUACCGCGACCAAUCGUCUGCCUCACAAUCGAGACCGCAAGACCAAAGAUGAAGCAGCUGACAUGCUCACUCUACCCACCGAAUCCGCUGCUGAUGAGAAAGAUGACACUUCGGUUUCUCGUGCCAUGCGCAAAAAGGAGUGGCAGCGCGAGGACAAGUGGACCAAGAUGGCCAAGCCAACACGGAAGAACAAAGACGGCGGUGGCAUGACCUUUGAGUUUGAUACGCAGAGUUCGAAGUUGAUCGAGCGGACAUGGAAAGGCAUACCAGACAGGUGGCGGGCUACAGCUUGGUACUCAUUUCUUGAGGCCAGUGCUAGACGUCACGAAAAUAGUCCCUCUGAAAAAGAGCUCAUAGAGGCUUUCCAUGAGUUCCAGUACGUAUCGUCGCCUGAUGAUGUUCAGAUUGACAUUGAUGUACCGAGAACUAUCUCCAGUCACAUAAUGUUCCGGAGACGGUACAGAGGUGGCCAGAGGCUACUGUUCCGUGUGCUUCAUGCCAUGUCACUAUAUUUCCCUGAUACGGGCUAUGUACAAGGCAUGGCAGCUCUCGCAGCUACAUUACUUGCAUAUUACGAUGAGGAACAUGCGUUCAUAAUGCUUGCCAGGUUAUGGCAGCUGCGGGGUCUGGAAGAGCUAUACAAGUCUGGCUUUGCUGGUUUGAUGGAGGCUUUGGCCGACUUUGAACGAGAGUGGCUAGCUGGUGGUGAAGUGGCCACCAAACUCAACGAAGUCGGAAUUCCACCCACGGCCUAUGGCACCCGUUGGUACCUCACCUUGUUCAACUACUCGAUCCCUUUCCCGGCCCAACUCCGGGUGUGGGAUGUUUUCAUGCUUCUUGGAGAUGCGGAAGACACCACUGGCCGGCCAGGAGGUUCAGGGAAGAAUGGCGACUCUUCUACUGAAAACCCAAGAACAUUUGGCCAAGGCCUUGACGUUUUGCACGCUUCAUCUGCCGCUCUUAUUGAUGGCAUGCGUGAAAUCAUUCUCGAAUCCGACUUUGAAAACAUCAUGAAAGUUUUGACUAGUUGGGUGCCCAUCAAAGAUGUCGAAAUGUUCAUGCGUGUGGCCAAGGCGGAAUGGAAGGUUCAUCGCCGCCGGAAGACCUCUUAAUUUCCUUGGUCAAGGGUUUGGUGUCUGUUUUUCCACCUUUGACUAAUUACUAGCCUUUUCCUAAUUCUGGCCCAAUGGGUGUCUAUACCCUAAUGAUUGCAAUUCGCACCCUAUGGUCAGCCUCUAAUGUCUUCAACCUAUUAUACCCUUUCUCCCCAAUUGCGAAGAGUGCAUAUUAUCUAUACUCUUCCUACUUGGAAAUUCUUGUUCUUCCCACCAUUCCACAUUCCUACCCUAAUACCCUCUUUACACCGUGGGUACUAAUACUUCAUGACUGUCGUUUCCCUGUCCGGUUUUCCUAGACGAUACCUAUCUUCAUUCCCCGUCUCACUUUCUUUUGGCCUUUUUCCUUAUUUUGUUCCUGUCCUCUAAGUCUUUUGUACAUUUAUUUGGCGAUUAGCUUCGGGGAUCUUCACUCGUCUAUUGGUCCAGUUUGGACAUCACGACUAUCCUGAACAACAUAUAAGCCUACUGUGAACCACAGUCGUGCCGUUGACGUGCUGAUGUGUACCGAUCCCCAUAUACCCGGAAGCAAGAACACAAAUUUAUCUGAUACCCAAAUCAAUAAUCUCG